AUGGCGCACAUUUACGAAGUUGGGACAAGGGCCUGGCAGCCCGAUCCGACAGAGGGAUGGGUUGCGUCCGAGGUCAAGGAAAAGCUGGUGGAUGGAGAGAAAGUCCAGCUGGUGUUUGAGUUAGAGAAUGGAGAGACCAAAACCGUCGAGACCACGCAGUCCGAAUUGCAGGUCGACAACAACCCGAAUCUGCCGCCGCUGAUGAAUCCGGCUAUGCUGGAAGCGAGUGAAGACUUGACCAAUCUGUCUCACUUGAAUGAGCCUGCUGUCCUGCAGGCUAUAAAGCUCCGUUACGCGCAGAAAGAGAUAUAUACCUACAGUGGAAUUGUUCUGAUCGCUACCAAUCCUUUUGCGCGAGUGGACUCUCUCUACGUCCCGCAGAUGGUCCAGGUGUACGCCGGGAAACAGCGCGCCUCACAGGCACCCCACUUAUUCGCCAUUGCAGAGGAGGCUUUUGCUGACAUGCUUCGCGACGGGAAGAACCAGACGAUCGUGGUCUCCGGUGAAUCAGGUGCUGGUAAGACGGUGAGUGCCAAAUAUAUCAUGCGGUACUUUGCGACCCGCGAGUCUUCAGACCAGCCUGGAAAGUACACCACAAGCCGAGCCGAUGCAAUCAGUGAGACGGAGGAGCAAAUCCUGGCGACCAACCCAGUCAUGGAGGCAUUCGGUAACGCCAAAACCACACGUAACGAUAACUCUUCCCGGUUCGGUAAAUACAUCGAAAUUAUGUUCGAUGACCGAACGAACAUUAUCGGUGCCAAGAUCCGUACGUACUUGCUGGAGAGAUCGAGGCUUGUGUUCCAACCCUUAAAGGAGCGCAACUACCACAUCUUCUAUCAGCUUGUGGCUGGUGCCACUGAUGAGGAAAGACAGGAGCUGGGCAUCUUGCCCGUGGAAGAGUUCGAAUAUCUCAACCAGGGUGGAACACCGAUUAUCGAUGGCGUCGAUGACAAAGCCGAAUUCGACGCGACCAGAAAGUCAUUGGCUACAAUCGGCGUGUCGACACAGUUCCAAACGGAAAUUUUCCGUAUCCUGGCAGCUCUGCUGCACCUCGGUAAUGUGAAGAUCACUGCGACUCGAACUGAUUCUUCUCUGUCUGCCUCCGAACCAUCCCUCGUGCGCGCCUGUGAGAUGUUAGGAAUCGAUGUGAACGAAUUCGCGAAAUGGAUUGUCAAAAAGCAGUUGAUCACGAGAGGAGAGAAGAUCACCUCUAACCUAACCCAGCAACAAGCUCUCGUGGUUCGGGACUCGGUGGCCAAGUUCAUAUAUUCCAGCCUCUUUGAUUGGCUUGUGGAUAAGAUCAAUAGGGGCCUAGCAACCGACGAAGUUAUUGAACGAGUGCAGACUUUUAUUGGUGUGCUGGAUAUCUACGGUUUCGAACACUUCGCAAAGAACUCAUUCGAACAGUUCUGUAUUAACUACGCGAACGAGAAACUGCAGCAAGAGUUCAAUCAGCACGUGUUCAAGCUUGAGCAAGAGGAAUAUGUCCGAGAAGAGAUCGACUGGACUUUUAUUGAUUUCUCUGAUAACCAGCCUUGUAUCGAUCUGAUCGAGGCCAAACUUGGAAUCUUAUCUCUGCUUGACGAGGAGUCUCGGCUUCCCAUGGGAUCGGAUGAACAGUUUGUCACAAAACUCCACCAUAACUUUGCUGCUGAUAAACAGAAGUUCUACAAAAAGCCUCGCUUUGGAAAGUCCGCUUUCACCGUUUGUCACUAUGCUAUCGACGUAACCUACGAAUCUGACGGAUUUAUCGAAAAGAACCGUGAUACCGUCCCCGAUGAGCAUUUGGAGGUGCUACGCAAUUCUUCCAAUGAUUUCAUUAAAGAGAUCUUGGAUACAGCUGCCACGGUCCGUGAGAAAGACUCGGCAGCCCUCACAUCUAAGCCGGUUGCAGCGGCUCCAGGGCGUCGGAUCGGCGUGGCUGUGAAUCGCAAACCAACGCUUGGAGGGAUCUUCAAAUCGUCUCUGAUCGAGCUUAUGAACACUAUCAAUUCCACGGAUGUGCAUUACAUUCGCUGCAUCAAACCAAACGAAGCCAAGGAAGCCUGGAAAUUCGAGGGUCCUAUGGUCCUAAGUCAGCUGAGGGCCUGUGGUGUGCUGGAAACCGUUAGAAUCAGUACGGCUGGAUAUCCGACUCGUUGGACCUACGAGGAGUUUGCUAUACGCUAUUACAUGCUUUGCCACUCCUCCCAGUGGACAUCUGAAAUCCGAGAUAUGUGUCAUGCCAUUUUGCGAAAGGCCCUAGGCGAUGCGAAGCAGGACAAGUACCAGCUGGGAUUGACUAAGAUCUUCUUCCGGGCGGGUAUGCUUGCGUUCCUUGAGAAUUUGCGCACUUCCCGAUUGAAUGAAUGUGCGAUUAUGAUCCAGAAGAACUUGCGAUGCAAGUACUACCGUCGUCGUUAUCUCGAAGCCCGCGAGUCCAUUCUCACCACUCAAGCCUUUAUUCGGGGUUUCCUAGCACGGCAACGGGCACAGGAGAUCCGCCGGACCAAGGCAGCAACUACAAUUCAGCGGGUUUGGCGCGGCCAGAAGGAGAGGAAACACUACAACGAGAUUCGGAGCAAUUUUGUCUUGUUCCAGUCUGUCACCAAGGGUUUCCUCUGCCGACGCAACAUCAUGGACUCUAUUCAUGGAAACGCUGCCAAAGUCAUCCAACGAGCCUUCCGUUCUUGGCGUCAAUUGCGAGGUUGGCGACAAUAUCGCCAUAAGGUGGUCAUUAUUCAAAACCUUUGGCGAGGCAAACAGGCUCGAAAGGUCUACAAGUCUUUGCGUGAGGAAUCUAGGGAUCUCAAACAGAUUUCUUACAAGCUGGAGAACAAGGUGGUUGAGUUGACCCAAUACCUAGAGUCUCUGAAGCGUGAAAACAAGUCUCUAGUCUCCCAGCUAGAGAACUAUGAGACCCAGUUGAAAUCGUGGAGAAGCAGACACAACACUUUGGAGGCUCGUGCAAAGGAGCUCCAGGCGGAGGCCAACCAGGCAGGUAUCACCGCGGCCCGCCUGGAAGCCGUGGAAGAAGAAAUGAACAAACUCCAGCAGAGCCACUCGGAAGCCCAAGCUACCAUCAAGCGUCUCCAAGAAGAGGAGAGAGUAUCGCGCGAAGCCCUUCGCGUAACCAACGAAGAGUUGGAUCGUCUCAAACUGCUCAAUGGUGACCACGAGAAGGAGAAAUCAGCUCUACGCCAACGUGUUUCAGAGCUUGAGGAGCAAUUGGAAGUCGCCAAGCGAACUGCUCCUGUCAAUGGUGUCAAUGGCGAGGUGCCUAAUGGCGCCACUGCCCCUACUCCCGCCACCGGUUUGAUCAAUCUCGUCUCUUCCAAGAAGCCUAAGCCCCAGCGACGCAGUGCUGGUGCAGAGAAGGUCGGAACUGAUCGCUUCAGCGGUGCCUACAACCCGCGGCCCGUCUCUAUGGCAAUCCCCGGUCUUGGCGCUGCUCGCUCGAACGUCGCAACCUCACCAGGACUGGAUUCGGUGGAGGCUGAGCUUGAGCAGCUCCUUUCCGAAGAGGAAGAUUUGAACGACGAAGUCGCCAUGGGAUUGAUUCGCAACCUGAAGAUUCCUCUUCCUAGCUCAACUCCACCACCCACCGAAAAAGAAGUCCUGUUCCCUGCCUACCUGAUCAAUCUUGUCACCUCGGAGAUGUGGAACAACGGCUUUGUCAAGGAAUCCGAACGUUUCUUGGCCAAUGUUAUGCAGUCCAUUCAGCAAGAAGUCAUGCAGCACGAUGGCGAUGAUGCAAUCAACCCCGGUGCCUUCUGGCUGUCAAACGUGCAUGAAAUGCUGUCGUUUGUUUUCCUGGCCGAGGACUGGUAUGAAGCACAGAAGAGUGACAAUUACGAAUAUGAUCGUUUGUUGGAGAUUGUGAAGCAUGACCUGGAGAGUUUGGAAUUCAACAUUUACCACACCUGGAUGAAGGUGUUGAAGAAGAGGCUGUACAAGAUGAUUGUCCCGGCCAUCAUUGAAUCUCAGUCUCUGCCAGGCUUCGUUACCAGUGAAACCAAUCGGUUCCUCGGCAAGUUGCUGCCUUCAAAUAACAACCCCGCUUACAGCAUGGACAAUCUCUUGAGUCUUCUCAAUGGUGCCUAUAAGGCCAUGAAGGCAUUUUAUCUGGAAGACACCAUUAUCUUGCAGACCGUGACGGAGCUUUUGCGCCUUGUUGGAGUGACUGCAUUCAACGACCUUCUCAUGCGGCGCAAUUUCCUGUCGUGGAAGAGAGGGCUGCAGAUCAACUACAACAUUACCCGUAUUGAGGAAUGGUGCAAGAGCCAUGAUAUGCCAGAGGGAACCCUGCAGCUGGAACACUUGAUGCAAGCGACCAAGCUUCUCCAGCUUAAGAAGGCAACUUUGAAUGAUAUUGAGAUCAUCCAAGACAUCUGCUGGAUGUUAUCUCCGAAUCAAAUUCAGAAGCUUCUCAACCAGUACCUCGUUGCUGACUACGAGCAGCCUAUCAAUGGCGAGAUCAUGAAGGCCGUCGCCUCCCGUGUCACCGAGAAGAGCGACGUGCUCUUACUGACGCCAGUUGAUAUGGAAGACAGUGGGCCUUACGAAAUUGCCGAGCCACGAGUCAUCACGGCCCUGGAGACUUAUACUCCAUCCUGGCUCCAAACGCCGCGAUUGAAGCGGUUGGCUGAGAUUGUGUCGGCGCAGGCGGUCGCGCAACAGGAGAGACUCGACGGAGACAACGGAGUGCUGGAGGAGUAG